CACACACACACACACACACACACACACACACACACACACAAACACACACACACAUACUGUACACCUUCACUGAUGGAAACUGCCUUACUGUAUGGAAGAGCGGCCAUUUGGUGAAAUUAUAUGUAAUUCAAGCCACUUGCUGAUAAGGAGAAGUGACUUUCCUCUUGUUAGGCUAAGACACUAGGUUUCCUUGCAAGUAGAACUCUUUUUGUGAUAGAGAACUUGUGAAUUGGGGAACAGGGAACCUACACUAGAAAUGGCACCUUUGUGUAAUUGUGUUAUUAGCUCAUUAUUCAAAGUGCACUUGUACAGGCCUUUGUAUUUGGUCAUCAUUCUCAGCAGUAAAGGGGACCCAGCCUAGACAUCCUUAACUGCAGGGAACAAGCCAAAGCCAACAGACAGAUGGGAUCUCCGUCAAUGACAUCAUAUUAUUUAUCCCAUGAUGUUAUGUCUUAGCUUUGCACUGUGUGUGGCAUUAUUUCAUUAUUUUUAGAGGAAGUCAAAAAUGUUAUUUCUUUAGACUGCAAUUAUGCUUUGAAGACACUAUAUACACAUACACCUACACACACAGGGAACGGAGGGGGAGGAGUGACAGGGACAGAGAGAGAGAAAGAGAGAGAGAGAGAAAGAGAGAGAGAGAGAGAGAAGAUGUGUAAACACAGUCGGUACAACCCACUUGAUAUCACUGCUUGAGUGAAGGAGAGAGUGAGGUAGUCAGUUAGUCAGUCAUGAACAGUCAUCCAUGCCAACAACCUGUGCAGACCUGUGGUGAAGAAUUCCACUGAAGAGCAGAGUUACUUUGUAUCUGACGUGGAGGGGGGAUUGCCACAUCAUUUAUUCUUCAGUGUUAGGUUGGAAAAUGGUUGUCCUCUCCUCCCCCUCGGUUUCUGAGGCUGCGAUGGAGCAUUUUGUGACGGAGCUGAACGUCCUGCUGAAGUUGCUGGACCACGAGAGUGUAAGCUCGGCCACAACAGAGAAGAUGACUGUGGUCAGGAACCUACUGAAGCAGCUGCAGCCGCCGGUGAAUGGAACGGACUUUAUAUACAUGAACACCUCCCUAUAUGGAAAUGGUACCAGUUUUGUGGAAUCCCUGUUUGAAGAGUUUGAUUGUGACCUGCAGGAUUUGAGAAACUCUCCCGAGGAAUUAAAAGAUCAAGCAGAAGAUACCUCCUCCAAGGAACCCCCCUCCAAAUCUAGUCCAACAGAUACCCCACCCCCACCCCCACUCCCAACCACGCCUCCCCCUGAAGACUACUAUGAAGAGGCGGUACCCCUGGACCCUGGCAAGUCUCCCCAGUAUAUCACCACUCGCAGAAACUCCAGCCCACCAAAUUCCAUUGAGGACGCAUAUUACGAGGACGCUGACGACAACUACCCAACUACUCGCAUGAAUGGCCCUCGCAAGAACUCCUAUAAUGAUUCAGACGCACUGAGCAGCUCCUACGAGUCCUAUGAUGAGGAGGACGACGAGGCCAAGGGCCAGGGGCGGACACGCCGGUGGCCCUCAGAGGAGAGUCCUGUGGGUCCGGUCAAGGACUGCCGCAUCGCUGACUUCCUGCUGCGGAAAAAACGCUUUGGCCAAUGGGCGAAGCAGUUAACCGUCAUCCGUGAAAAUAGACUACAGUGUUACAAAAGCCCCAAAGAUUGCACGCCACAGUUUGACCUGCCCCUCAAUCUGUGUCAGGUCAUUUAUGUCCCAAAAGAUGGACGGCGCAAGAAGCAUGAGCUUCGUUUUUCACUACCAGGGGCAGAGGCUCUUGUCCUAGCAGUCCAGAACAAGGAGCAAGCGGAGAGGUGGCUCAAGGUGGUCCGGGAAAUUAGCAGUAAGUCUAUUAGUACAGACACUCUCGAGGGCUCAUCCUCUCCAAUGAUCCAAAGGAAAGUCGAUGUAGGGAAAAUGUUUUUAGCAGACAAACAUACCUCAGACUCUGAUAGUAUAGCAAAUGGAGACAACACAUUAUCCUCCAGCCAUGGACGGGACAGCUUGGAGCAGGGAAAAGCGAAGAAGGGCGCCCUCUCGGAGCUGACAGGUUCCAUGAGCCGCGCUGCCGGCAAGAAAAUCAACCGCAUCAUCAGUUUCUCCAAGAAGAAGCCCCCUCUGCCCGGAGACCCUCACACAGCCUCCCUCUCUGACCCACGCUGCGGUCAUUUGAAUGUGCUGGUGAACCAGAGCUGGAGGGAGCGCUGGUGUUGUGUGAGGGGAGGCACCCUGUUCCUCUACAAGGACCGAGGGGACCUGCAUGCCCACGUCAACUCUCUGGCCCUCCAGGGGGCCGAAAUUGUCCCUGGACUGGGCCCCAAACACCCUUUCGCCUUCCGAAUUCUCAAAAACAGCAAUGAAGUAGCUGCUUUAGAGGCAAGCUGUUCUGAAGAGCUGGGACGCUGGCUGGGCCUGCUAUUGGCAGAGACAGGAGGUGCCAUCACCCCCGAGGCCUUGCACUAUGACUACGUGGACGUGGAGACCAUCAGCAACAUCCAGGAUGCCGCUCGACAUUCCUUCCUGUGGGCAACAUCAUCCAGCAGUGCUUCAUCUGACUCAAGAACCUAUGAUGAGGUGCCAUAUGAGAGUGUGCUUCUGCAGGAGGAGGCCAAACCCAGGCCAGGCUCCCAGGUCAAACGUCACUCGUCCUUUUCCAGCAACGAUGCUCCCAAGGUGGAAUCCCAGGUCACCGUCAAACGUCACGGAUCUUGUAAGUGCUUACAUGCAGCUGUGAACCAAUAUGGGAAGUACGGGAAAACAAGAGCGGAGGAGGAUGCCCGGAGAUACCUGAAUGAAAAAGAGGAGCUCGAGAAACAGAAAGAAGUGAUCAGGCAAACCUUGGUCUCACUACGCAAAGAGAAGAGGAACAUCAAAGAAGAACUGAAAAAUGCAACAGUUAAGCAUCAGAAGGUCCUUGAGCAGCGCAUGGCUAAGGUGGAGGAAAGCUGUAGAGGGAAGGAGAGCGAGAGAGUUGACCUUGAGCUGCGGUUAACAGAGGUGAAGGAGAACCUAAAGAAGUCUCUGGCUGGGGGCAUGCUAGGAGGACCCACAGAGGGCAAGCCCAGUUGUAAGCUCCUGAAAAAUCAUGUGGGAAAUGUGUACAGUGAAUCAUCUGUACCAGUGAAUAGUGCAUCUGAGAUGAAAAAGAGGCCUCCCUCGAUCUACGCAUCAAGCCGAGGAAAUGUGAUACAAAAAGCAAAAGAGUGGGAGUCCAAGAAAGGAACUUCAUAAGCACUGUUCCAGCAAUAUGGUGACUGGACUGGAGGACAUGGCUGUCAUGUGAUUAUGUCUGUGUGCUGGGGGAAAUUAUGGCUAUGACUGUGUGUGUGUGUGUGUGUGUGUGUGUGUGUGUGUGUGUGUGUGUGUGUGUGUGUGUGUGUGUGUGUGUCUGUGUGUGUGUUUGUGCACGUGUGAAAAUGAGGAAAAUGGAGAUAAAGAAUAUUUUGCUUUUUUGUUCACACCGUUUUGCCCUUCUACACCAUGUUCACUUUUCACCUGAAGAUUCUACUGCCAGUGGAUGAGUGAAGAAUCGAUUGUCUGUGAAUUUCCAGAGUUGUUUGACACACCAUUGGACUAUGCCUACUAUGUCCAGGGAGUUUUGAUGGUGCUGUAUGUGUUGAUGUAUGUGUGGUGUGUGUGUGUGAGAGAGUGAGAGAGAGAGAGAGAGAGAGAGAGAGAGAGAGAGAGAGAGAAAGAGAGAGACAUAGACAGAGCUUAGUUGAAUAAGGCAAUGUAUGUGACGGAUAGUAAAAGGGAAAGGAAUGUUUUAGGCAAAAAGUACUUUUUUUAAGACCACAAGAUACCUACAGUCUGCAUUUGACUGCAUUUUACCAGGUUUAUUACUGAUUUUCUUUACUGGUAAAUGUGUACGGUGCAAUGUUUUCAACUCUUUUGUAAUUAUGUAAGUGUGUGGUUAGAAAGAAUUAUGUCAUUUUGAAAUUUCAUAAAAAUGGAUCCUUAGGCGGGGAUAAUACAGACCAACGGCAAACAGUACAAUUUGUAUGGUUUGCUAUAGUUCAGCAGCAGAACCGCUGGUAUUCCCUCCAAACCUGACAGUUACUGCACUGUCUCUCACAAUGUCAGUUGUAUAAAUAGGACCUUAUGUUAGUUUACAGGUUCAAUGUAAAAAAAAAAAUAAUGAAAGCAAGUCUAUUCUUUAGCCUACUGUUGAACUCACACUUACUUACAUUGUUUCUGUCAGUGCUUGAACUUGACCAAUUCUAUUUAUUGAUUUGUACCUGUGAAUAAAAGUCUCUUUAUUAUAA